CGCGGGGAGAGGGGCGCGCGCCGCUGUCAAAUCGAAUUAUUCCUUGAGUUACGAUUCGCUUUUAUUUAAAUGGAAAAGCAUUUUCCUGACUUAAUUAUCUCGUAAUUUAGCAAAUUAGCGACGGUUUAAUGAUUUGCUCGCACGAAAAUGUCGUAUAGAAGGCGAUGGUACUCAGUAGGACUCGAUACGCCGCGGUGGAUUUCGAUUGCUAUUUUUGUUUUGUAGCCCAGUUCCACGGUAAAUAUUGUUUUUAGUGACGAAACGCGUCGGUGCAGUCGUUUAUUUUUUCUUCUCUUCUCGUGCCCGGUGCAAUUUUUGGUCCGUGAAGCGGUUGCGAUUUUUACAGUGUUCUCUGUUGCAAAAAGAUUUCGACAUAGCUUUUUUUGAUCUUACAUUCCGUGCCAAAGCGACCACAAAAACAGUUCCCCUGUCUGAAAAGCAGUGCCAAAUGCGUUUUUGUGUAUUUAAAUAAUAAAGUAUAAAUUCAAUCAUAUGUAAAAUGUAAAAGAAAUAAGGACAUUAGGUCUAAAAGCUGUGGAGUGUGGAAUCGAGGAACUAAAUGGCAGUUUUGAGGAGAAAAUCUUGGACAUUUAGCGUGUGGCAGUGAUGCGGCGGGUAUUUGGAGUGUGCUCCGAUGGUUGGGUACUCUGCGGACAGAAUGUGAGCCGCCAAAUGUAGCUGGCUGUAUAGAUGUUGUCUGGCUCGCCGCACGGGUCGGUGAUGUCGUGCCAGUCGCUGGCGGCGCGCGCCUUCGCCGAGCCCGACAAGGACCCCGCGCAGUGCGGCGCCUUCCAUAGAUCAGUACGCUUCAGUUCAGAGUCUCGUAGCUCGACCCGCGUCUCCAAUGAUACGGACAAGCGGGAUACAUCUGGCGGCAUGUCGGUGUCGGCGCUGGGCGUGUCGCCGUUGCCGGCCGCCAUCGCCAUGAGCCAGUCCGCACCACCGCCUUCCAUCUCCUUCGAUCUUCACGAUGAGAGUCCACCGCCAGUACCGUCAUGCCGGUUCCCCAAGCUUGAGGAAUGCGCCCACUUCCACUACGAGCGCGUGUCGCUGGGCGGCCUCAGCAUACAGACCGUGCCAUGCGAGGAACAGUGCGAGGACAACGACCCAAGCGAGGGCUGGAUAUGUCUCCGUGUGCGCUCCCAUGUGAGCGGCGGCGAGCAGGAGAGCGCGGUGGUUGCGGGGAGUGCGGCAGGUAGUGCGGGGGGUGCGGGGGAGGCGCACAGCUGGAGUGAGCCCGCCGGCCUCAGCGAGUGGACCCUCACCCGCAGCAGAGACAACUUCUUGCAGCUGGACGACAUGCUGCACAGAUGCAUAUACGACCGCAAGGUAUCAGGGCUGCCGAACCUGUCGGAGGAGGUGGGCGCUGAGUGUGAGGAGACGCGUUACCAGCAGCUGAUCGGUGACUACGUGCAUCACUUGUCCAUCAUCGCAGACGACUCUAUCAACUGUGGACCUGUGCUCAACUGGCUUCAGAUGGAUAACAAAGGGCACAAGUUACUGGUUGCCAAUGAAGAUUCCAGCUCUAUCAACACGCCGGCAGUCGCCGCUGCUUACUCUGUGAGGAAAUAUGUCUCACAGGCUCGGGAUGAGAUCAGCUUUGAAGUGGGCGAUAUGAUAUCCAUUAUUGACAUGCCCGCAGAGGUGUUGGUGUUGUCAGGGCCGCAGGAGUCAGUGUGGUGGCGCGGCAAGCGCGGCUUCCGGGUCGGCUUCUUCCCCCGACACUGCGUCGCCGUCAUCGGGGACAAGGUGCCCCGACACAUGACGCAGCCGCCGCCUAUUGUAGGAUCAGUGGCGAUGGCGCCGAUAAAGCCGGUGUUGCGCAAGCACGGCAAGCUGAUCUCGCUGUUCCGCAGCUUCAUCCUGUCGCGUCCGUCGCGGCGCAGCCUCAAGCAGCAGGGCAUCCUCAAGGAGCGCGUCUUCGGCUGCGACCUCGGAGAGCAUCUGCUCAACUGCGGACAUGAUGUACCACAAGUGCUGGCGGAGUGCGCACGUGCAAUAGAACGUCGCGGCGCAGUGGACGGCAUCUACCGGCUGUCAGGUGGCGCCGCCCUCACACAGCGACUGCGCGCCGCCUUCGAUGCGGCGGGGGACACGCCCCCCGACCUCGCCCCGCCCCUGCAGCGUGACCCGCACGCCCUCGCCAGCCUCCUCAAGAUGUACUUCCGCGAGCUGCCCAACCCGCUGUGCACAUACCAGCUGUACGAGAGCUUUGUGAGCGCGGUGCAGCAGCCCGACGAGGCGGCCAGGCUGCGCGCCAUGCGGGACACCGUCGUCAAACUGCCCCCGCCGCAUUACAGAACGCUAUCUUACCUGAUGCGUCACUUGCGGCGCGUGUCUCUGCUGAGCGCGGCGACAGGCAUGACAGCGCGCAACAUGGCCAUCGUGUGGGCGCCCAACCUGCUGCGCUCGCCCGCGCCACAGCACGCCCUGCAAGGCGUCGCCGUACAGGCCGUGGUAACGGAGUUUCUGAUCUGCUACGCCGAGGAUCUGUUCGCGCAAGACCAAGGAUCUGACUCCGGACCCGAUUCCUUAGAACAGGAUCGUUGCGAGUCGCAAGUUGAGCUUCGUGGCACUGAAUCCUGCCGUAGACCGAAGAGCCUGCCUCUAAACCCGCCCACAAAGCUGCUGAGCCUAGAGGAGGCGCGGCGGCGUGGUCUAGGUGCCGGCGCGGGGCCUAUAGCUCCGCCCGCCUCAGGCGCCAUCGCCGCCGCGGCUGCUGCGCCUGUAGCCUCGCCCGCACAGGACCGCCAGCUGCGCCCCGCGGGACAUCUCAAGCCUAAGUACAUUGAGGUCGGUUCGGGUCCAAAUAAUCUUCCUCAGUACCACACUGUUUUGGAUCUUCCAUUGUCAGGUGGUAAACGUGGUCUAAAGCGAUCUCCAUCGGGUUGGCGCGGCCUGUUCUGGCGCAGCAAGCUGCAGCGUGCGCGUGCGCCACCCCAAGGCCCACCCCCUGCGCCGCUACCGCCCCCUACACAGCAGGUAUCAGUGGACGUGGUGAUGUCAGGCAGCUUGCGGCCAGUGAAGUCGUGCGAGUCGUUAGCCUCGGACACAGACACUCUGCCCCCGCUCGCGGACCGUGCCAGCGCCCCGCUCAAGCAUCACACUAGGUCAUCAUCGUGCGACUCUUACUUCGAGCCGUGGCAGGCGGAGCUGGCGCACAUGCGACUGCGCCUCUCCCCGCAGGAGCGAGACAGGCACAUGUUCAGUGAGGAGGACGACACGCACCACCACCAACACAACGCACAGGAGUCAGCGUGGUCGACACCAGCGGACUCAGUGCCGUGCAGCGCGGCCGCCAGCCCGCGUCGCUCACUGCGCGUUGAUGUACACGCCGCCAAUGACAUGGCUGAGAGACGUCGUGCGGCAAUGGAGGAGCAGGUCGCACAGAUGGGAUACAUUGAUGGGGAGUCCCCGCGUGCUAAACCUGCACCAGAGAAGCGACAUGGCACCGCAGAUCCUGAUCCUGCCAAGAGAAUUUGUAAAGACAGAGACAGUCCGCUGUCAUCUCAGCCUGACUUCCAGUCUCCGGGCAGUGUGAAGCUCAGAGAACGCAACUCGCCGCGGAAAUGUAAGGCCGCCUCCAGGUACAGCGGCCUGCACCAUCCCGUCCUCGCCGACCCUGACUCCUCCCGCCUCACCUGGCACGGCAAAGACGGACAUUCCACACUCAUUAAGAUCGACUGGCCUCUGGAGAACUCCCACAGCAAUCUCACCACCAGCACGAUCAACUCUAGUCCUCUCACGCCUGUCACACCGCUCUACGACCCGCUGGAGAGCGACUCCGAACUCAGCGACAAACAUACCAUACAAAUUAAAUCUGUGGACUGUGACAGUUGCGACCGCGAGAAGUGUCUCAAGUGUGAACUGAAGGCCACUGACUACGAGAACAUGCGCCUCACUCACCAGUCUGAGGGCAUCCAGCCCAGCCCCGCCCACUCCGCGCACUCCCCGCACUCCCCGCACUCCCUGCACUCCGCAGACAUCAGCUACCACAACCUCAAUAGACUAUCCGGCCUCUCCGCCUCCUCAAACUCCGACCACACCGACAGGAGGCGAGACCAUGAUGCUCUCAAGGUCAUGACCUCAUCACACGAUAGCUCCUCCAGCUACUCAAACGCCAGCCUGCCUCGCCAGACCGACGACCUGUAUGAAUGCUUCAACUUCUCCCGUCCCAACUACAUCAAUCUCCAAUCCUCCAGCACCUCGAAAAGCUCCCCCGGCUCACCUCUCAAGAGUCCCCUCAAAUCCACUAUAAGCAUCACAUUCCGCUCUCCAACAAAGUCAAAGGCGUCGGACUAUGAACCCAUUGACAACAUAGACACACCAACAAAUGACAGGGAUUCAGUGUACGAGGACAUAGACUUGGAGAAGAACCUGUCUAUAGUGGAGGAGGCACCGGUGCCCGAGACUGACGCCAGUUUACCCACGCAGCAGGCCUGCCAGCCCGACUGCAGCGAGGAUCUCAUCAUCCUGGAGACACCCACUGACAAUACAAAAAUCGACGAUAACGUCGACGUCUACAGUCAGGUCAAGUUCUUCAGGAAGAGUAUAGAAGAAGUCAACGCGAUGAUCCUCGAGUCUCCAGAAAAGGAUACUGAUAAAAUUGUUAAGGAAGCCAAUGCUGUGAUGAUGGAGACUCCAGAAACACAAAGGCAUUACGAAAAUGUGUUUAUAGAAUCGAGGGAUAGAGAAUAUGAAAAUAUAAAUGUGGAUACUCUCAAAAUCUGUGAUAAAGUAGAUAUAAGCGAAGUCAACGAACAUAAAUCUGAACACGAACAAAAUACUUUAGAAUCGGACAACGGCAAUGUCAUUAAACAGAAAACUAUGUCAAAGAAUCUCAACGUACGAGAGUUAGCCAUACGUUUCGAAAGUCCCACUGAACAAAAAGGACCAUUUACUUUUGAUAAAUUUAAAACUGAAAUCAAAUAUCCGAGCUUGGAACGUAAAGAUGAUGAAAAAUGCGAAACAAGAAAGAAAGAGGUCACAGUGAAAUUGCCACCUCCAGUAUCACCAAAAACGUACAAAUUGUCUAAGAAUUCAGCGCGUUCGUUGGACGAGAACGCAUUUAUAAAGGAAUUCGGAAACGAAACGAACGAUAGAAGGAAGAGUUUGGAAGUAAAAGAGGCGAGCAAACAGACAAACAAUCUUCCAGAUUUGAACCUCAAUACGGAGGAAUCUGAGACAAAACCCGCAAGUAUAACUCCGACUACGGAAAACAAGAUAUCAAUAGUGCAAAGAUUUGAAUUAAAAAAGCCCGAUUUAAAGAAUCUCAUUGGGAUUGAAACGGAAAAGAAAUUAAGUCGCGAAAGGAUAGAAAAAUACAAAGAGGAACGUAGAAACUUUUUACGUGAGAAAUAUAGUUCACAAUCAUUCAGAAGUAAUCCGGAACAAUUGACACGGAUCAAAAUAAAAAAAGAUCCAGAAGAAAGAACGGAGAUGUGCGAAAGAUUGCAGGAUGAUUUGCCAAAAUUUGAACGUAGAAAUACUGUUGAUUUGGGUCAAAGAAUGAGAUUUUCCUUAGCAAAGAGUAGUAAUAAUUUGGACACCAUACAAUCACCUGAAAGUCCACUAAGAGAUCUGGAUACUACGUUAGAAUUUUCUAGAAAAGAAGAUAUUAAAAGAGAUCGUCGAGAAGAAAGGAAAGAGAAAAUGUCACCAUCAUUCAACAUACGAGACAUGGCCGCGCUGUUCGAACAGAAGACACAUAAUAACGGUUGACACAAAUGUACAGCACAUAUCGUGUUCACAACACAUUUGAAACACACGUAGCUAGAAAUAUCUAAAAAAUACGUGUUUAGUCUUCAAGGUCACCAAAAUAUUGUCAUCUCUCUUACUCUCUAUGUAAAAAACAGAGAUAGCAAGAAUGUGACGUCAUUUAUUAUGGUGGGCCUAGUUCACGCUCUCAAAUAUUAAAAAAAACUGUUUCACAUCUUCAAGGUCACCACAAUAUUGUCAUCUCUCUUACUCUCUAUGUAAAAAAACAGAGAUAGCAACAGUGUGACGUCAUUUGUGCAGGUAGGAUUAGUUCACGCUCUUCUAUAACUAAAAAAAACGUAUUUGAAGUAUUCAAGGUCACCACAAUAGUCUCAUCUCUUUCACACUCUUUAAAAAAACAGAGAAAGCAACAGUGUGACGUCAUUUGUACUACGAGUUUACUAUUGGGACCAUAUAUUUACAGGUUUCAAAAUUAUCUCGAUUUUGCAUAUAAACAUAUUGCCAUAUGUUAAGUAACCCUCAGGGUGUAUUUUGAUAUUUCUAGCUACGUAUACUCUAAAGUGAUAAUAAUUGUGCUUGAAAUAAUUUAAGCUUGUUGAAACAAUUGAUGCUUCAGGACUAUAUAGUCAGAUAAAAUUAUUUGGCCCGGUGAGGUUUCGCAAUUAGAUAUGUGAAAAUUGUUUAAGUAAAAAAUUACAUAGGACAGACGUGACAUGACAGUGUGGUCGGAUAAAGACAAGGAUCUAUUGUAAUUUAGUGUCACCUGAGUCCACCGGGUCAGAUAAAUUUGUUGGACUAAAUGUUUAUUCCAUAUUGUAAAGGAUUUUGGUAAGCGAUCUAUGUUUGAAUAUUCGACUUUAUUGCCUCUGCUUUUAAGCGCAAAAUUGAUUAUAAAAAUAUAUAAAGCAUGUUUGUGACUAAUUAAUACGGUGUCUUCCACAAAAUUGUGGCGAUAAAAACCUUUUUUUGAUUAUUAAAUAUAAGCAUAAUAUUGUGUAAUCAAUUUUCUCUUGUUAAUAUUAGAAUUCAAAAGCCUUAAUAGCUAAAUUUAUCGUGUUCAAAUAUUUAGUUAAAGCAACUGCGUAAAUAUAUAAUCUAUAGAACAAAAGUAAAGCGAAAAAAAAACAUCCGAGUUUUUUUUAGGGUAAAUUAAAUUAGUGUUGCCAUUUAUAAUAUUUAAAAUGAUAUUUAGAAAAUCCACUUUCGAGUUGACGUCAAAAUGAUAUUAAAUAUAGAUUAUAUAUAUAGGUAACGGCUUUUAGAUACUUGUUAUAUAGAUUGUAAUUAUUUUAUAUUGUUAAUGAAUGUAAGCGUAGAUUUCCAUUGCAGUUACAAUUUUAAUACUACGGUUACACGGGCCUAAAGAUCUAGAAUAUUCUAGAAAUUACGACCGUUUGGCAGAACCUUUAUAUAUGGAUAGGCUAUAAGGCGUUGUAUUCUGUGCCUAUUUGAACUUCGCCAUUGGCGCUGAUGGUUGUGGUUAGCGGUGGCGAGAUUUCAAACUAUUAUAAUAGAGAUUGAAUAAACUGCCAGGAACUUUAGAUGUGUUCAAAUUUGGAACGAAAUAAAAGCUGUCAUUUUCAAGUAAUAACCUAUCCAUUUAUAGAGAUGAAUGUUGGUGGCUGAUUUUUUUUUAUAAACAUGUCUGAUUUGCGAUAUGAAGUAACAAUGUAAAUAGUAAAUAUUUGCAUAUAACAAUUAGUUUAGGUAAAAUAUAGUUCGUUCACAAUCCUUUUGUAAAUACUAUAAGCUUGUCGACAUUUUUUUGAAAUUAAAAGCUUCGCAACACGAUUAAGUAUUCAUUUUAAAA